AUGCCUACCGAACUCGAAGAACUCGUGGGCUUCAUCACCAACCAGAACCCUCAGGUUCGGCUGCUAGCCACUGAGAACCUGGUUCCAUAUUCGCUCUCGGACCCCAGUAUCUUCAAGGUGGAUGAUAUGAGACCGAUUAAGAACCUCAAGGUUCUCCUCAAUGAUCAUCCUCAAGUUGCAGAGCAUGCACUGAGCUCCUUGAUAAACCUCUCUGGCGACCUAGAUGUUCUGGAAUGUCUAGCUACCGAUGACAAGUUUUUGGAUCUGGUUCUCUCAUUUAUUGUGGGCCCCAAAGAAGAAAAUGCCAACUUACUGACCAUGGUAUUGGCCAACAUGACCAAAUCAGAUAGCCUCAAGCGCAUCAUAGACAAGAAGCAAGAGCCUCCCAAGGAGUUGGGCUCUGACGACUCCAUCCUCAACCAGCUUAUGGACCUCUUCGUCAAGGGCCAGGAUGGCUCUUACAACCCAGAAGGCGACUUUGACUAUCUCGCGUAUGUUUUGGCUGAUUUAUCCAAACACGACGACAUUCGCAAGUACUUUGUCACCGAACAGGCCUACGACAAGGUCAUCCCCAUCACAAAGCUCAAGGUGUUUACCGAGCACAAGUCCGACGUUCGCCGCAAAGGUGUUGCCAGUACACUAAAAAAUGUCGCUUUCGACCUUGACUCGCACCCAUCGUUCCUGUCCACCCAAGGAAUCGACAUUCUCCCUUACAUCAUGCUCCCAAUCACUGGCAAUGAAGAGUACGAUGUAGACGAGACCAUGAACAUGCUUCCCGACCUGCAGCUGUUGCCGCCGGAUAAGAAGCGUGACCCGGACAACACAAUCAUUCAGACACAUCUAGAGACUCUGCUUCUGCUCACAACAACAAGACUCGGGCGGGACUAUCUUCGUGAGGUCAACAUCUACCCUGUCAUCCGCGAGACGCACAGCCGGGUAAACGAUGAGGAGGUCCAGGAGGCCUGCGACAGACUGGUGCAGCUCAUUAUGCGCGACGAAGAAGGCGAGGACCGUGACCAGAAGCGAAUCACAGAGCUGGCGGAUAAUGAAGACGAAAUCACUGAAGUUUAG